AUGGCGGUCAGCACCGGCCCCCUCUGUCCCGGUCCCUAUCACGGUCCCUCUGGGCCCGACCCCCCCGUCGGAUCCGCCACGUUGGACCCCACGGUCCCGAGCGACAAUCGCGUGCAGAUGCAGGAAAAGGCGGGGACACAGGCGUCCCCUACGGUCUCUGAUGGCUUCAGGAAGGGGACGCGCCCGCCGCCCUCUUCCCUGCAGAACAACGUCAUCGGGGCGCUGCGGGCGGGCACCUUCGGGCCCAGCACCGUCACCCUCUGGCUCUACUCCAACAACAUCUCCUCCAUCCAGCCGGGCACCUUCCGCCACCUGCCCGCCCUGGAGGAGCUCGACCUGGGUGACAACCCGCACCUCCGCGUCCUGGCCCCCGACACCUUCCACGGCCUCCACCGCCUCCAGGCCCUGCACCUGUACCGGUGCCGGCUGGCCAACCUGCCCAGCGGCAUCUUCCGCGGCCUCCGCAGCCUCCAGUACCUCUACCUGCAGGAGAACGGGCUGCUCUACCUCCAGGACGACCUCUUUGCCGACCUGGCCAACCUGAGCCACCUCUUCCUGCACGGCAACCGGCUGCGGGCGCUGUCGGAGGGAGUCUUCCGGGGGCUGUCGAGCCUGGACCGCCUGCUGCUGCACGCCAACCGGCUGGCAGCCAUCCACCGCCGCGCCUUCGGGGGGCUGGCGCGCCUCACCAUCCUCUACCUGUUCAACAACAGCCUGGUGGCCCUGCCCGGGGACCCGCUGGCCGCGCUGCCCUCGCUCCAGUUCCUGCGCCUCAACGCCAACCCCUGGGCCUGCGACUGCCGUGCGCGCCCGCUCUGGGCCUGGUUCCGCCGCACGCGCGUCUCCAGCUCCCCGGUGCCGUGCGCCAGCCCCCCGCACCGCCGCGGCACCGACCUGCGCCACCUCCGCCCCCGCGACUUCGACGCCUGCCCUGAGGACGACGACGACGACGACGAGGACAUGGAAGAUGGCAACGGUGGCAACGGGGUGGCGGUGAUGGGCACCCCGGGGCGGGCGCUGGGUCGUCCCGGCACCCUCCCGGCCGCGCCGCCCUCCGCCUUCUACCGCGACGGGCUGCCCCCCCACGACCUGCGGGGACCCCAGCCCCGGCCGCCCCCCCCGUCCCGUGACUCCCGCGGGCCCCCCGAGGACGCCAGCUGCCCCCACGACCCCUGCGCCCCCAUGGCCGCCGCCGCGCCCCACCGGCCCCCCGCCCUCCUGCCCCUCCUGGCUCUGAUCCUGCCCCGACUCUGA